UUUGAAUUCUUUGGAAAGAAUUGAGAGUAAAGCAUCGACUUUUUCUCUUUCACCACAGACGAUUGCGUCAUCGACAAAUACAAGCAGGAACGAGAUGUGAUGGCGUGAAGUUGAGCGGAGGGCAGCUGCGGGCCGAUGGCAGCCGACCGUGACGGCCCAGCAGUCGCAGAAGGUUUGCAAUGGAACGAUCAAAGCCCAGCAGGGCCAGGCCCCCCAACAACGCCGCAAAGUUUGGAACCGGGCCCGGGACCCGUACCGAGUCCUGGGCCCGGAGCCGCAACUACCGCCUCGGAGAAGGAGAAGGAGAAGGAGAACCACUUCCUGUCGACUCCCUUUCAACCGCCCCUUAUGCUCCAGCAGCAGAGACUUCACUCCCGCUCCCUAUCCUCCCUUCCGCCGGAGCCAUUCAUGAUCAUGCGCUCCAAAGCCUUGAACCGCCGAGUCUCUAUCAAUGUUGGAGGCGUCAAACACGAGGUCUUGUGGCGGACACUGGAGCGGCUGCCGCACACGCGGCUCGGUCGACUAAGGGACUGCAACACGCACGAGGCAAUCACGGAGUUGUGCGAUGACUACUCGCUUGUAGACAACGAGUAUUUUUUCGACCGUCAUCCCAAGUCUUUCUCCUCCAUCCUCAACUUCUACCGCACCGGAAAGCUGCACCUUGUCGACGAGAUGUGUGUCCUCGCCUUCAGUGACGACUUGGAGUACUGGGGAGUAGACGAGCUGUACCUGGAGUCGUGCUGUCAGCACAAGUAUCACCAACGGAAGGAGCACGUUCACGAGGAGAUGCGAAAGGAGGCUGAGUCCUUGCGGCAGCGCGACGAAGAAGAGUUUGGCGAGGGUCAGUGCUCGCGAUACCAGCAGUAUUUAUGGGAUCUCCUCGAAAAACCGACCACCUCCAUCGCUGCUAGGGUGAUUGCCGUAAUAUCCAUCCUGUUCAUCGUGCUCUCGACGAUCGCGUUGACACUGAACACGAUCCCACAGAUGCAGGUCUUUGACGAGAAGGGGGUUGUGCAGGACAACCCUCAGCUGGCUAUGGUAGAAGCGGUCUGCAUUACGUGGUUCACUCUCGAGUACGUUCUCCGCUUCAGCGCCUCGCCGAAUAAAUGGAAGUUCUUCAAGGGGGGCCUCAACGUCAUCGAUCUGCUGGCUAUCCUCCCGUACUUUGUCUCUCUUUUCCUGGUCGAGACGAAUAAGAACGCCAACGACCAAUUCCAGGACGUGCGGCGCGUUGUUCAGAUUUUCCGAAUUAUGCGGAUCCUAAGGAUAUUGAAGCUGGCCCGACACUCCACCGGGCUUCAGUCAUUGGGUUUCACACUGAGGAACUCGUACAAGGAGUUGGGGCUGUUAAUGUUAUUCUUGGCCAUGGGAGUGCUCAUAUUCUCGAGCCUGGCCUACUUUGCUGAGAAGGAAGAGCCGGGAACAAAAUUUAUCUCUAUCCCGGAGACUUUUUGGUGGGCGGGAAUUACAAUGACAACUGUAGGGUACGGUGACAUCUACCCCACCACUCCACUGGGGAAGGUGAUUGGUAGUGUUUGCUGUAUCUGUGGGGUCCUGGUUAUUGCGCUGCCUAUCCCCAUUAUUGUCAACAACUUUGCCGAGUUUUACAAAAACCAAAUGCGUCGCGAGAAGGCUCUCAAGCGCCGCGAGGCCCUGGAGCGCGCCAAGCGGGAGGGUUCUAUUGUCUCCUUCCACCACAUCAACCUUCGGGACGCCUUCGCCAAGAGCAUGGAUCUCAUCGAUGUUAUCGUCGAUACAGAAAAUGAUAUCCCCAAAUUGAUCCCGCGGAGUUCUGUGAGGUCACAUGGUACGAACCUUGUAUUCGACCAGAGUUAAUUUGAUUGUUGUGCCUAAAUCUAAGUAUGUAAAUAUUUUCACCUCUCUUUACCUCCACGCCCUCAAAGAAAACAUUUUAAGAGAACCUAUAUGAGUUUAAGAGAUGCGUCUGAGCAUUGUUUCGCUAUCGUUAACUCUUCUUAUCAAAAAAGAGGAUACCUAUGUCCUUGAGGAAAACGACAAAGUAUAGGUAUAGCAACAAGAAUAUACGUGUAUCUAUGCAUAUACCUAAUGCAUAAUAUGUCGAAGGCCAAUGGUCAAAACUGGCAUUUAGUAAAAUGCCUGUGCAAAUAGCUAAAAGACAAUUAAUAAGAUGAUUUUUUUAGUAGGUAGCCUACCUAGUCAUUUAUCCGACUCUUUCCGCUGGGAAAUAGACAAAUUUAUGCAAAAAUGAGAAAAAGAAGUUACAAAGUUGACUCACCAUUUAGAAACUCAUCGUGACACGUUAUUGGUGCGUGAAGUCUCUUGUUUUUGAAACAGGAACAUCUGUUGGUGCCACAUUGUGUUUUACAUGCUUUGCAAUUACACCUCAAAGAUACUUGUCCAUUAAAAAAAAAUAAAAAAAAAAAAAAAAAAAAAAAACCCACCAACGAUUGCUUCCCGUGUCAAAAUAAAUUUAUCUUUAGGAAUCUCGGAAAA